AUGCAAUUUAAUUACGAAAUACUAUAAGAAAUUUAUUCAAGUGGAAGAGUUCGAAUUGAAAAAGUAAGAUCUAUGUCAGAUAAUUAAACAUAUAUCUAGAAAACCUAUCUUUCUAAUAAGAAUGAAGGUAUAAAUUUAAAUCAUUAAAUAGGAUUAAAUGCAAUAAAAAUGUUAGCUUAGAUAAAGAAUCAGUUUGUGUUAUCAGUAAUUGAAUAUAUGGAGAAUGAAGAAUAAUAAUUAGUAACAAUUUAAGAAUAUUGUGAUUAAGGAGAUCUAAAAACUUUUACUUAAUAACAUAUCGGUUACAAAAUGCAAGAGAGUAUUAUAUGGUCACUAUUUCUUUAAAUGGCUUAUGCAUUACUAUAACUUAAUGAAUUGGGUAUAUAACAUAGAGUGUUGUUACCAGAAAACAUUCUAUUACUGGCUAGAACUGAAGGAUAUUAAAUAAGAAUAACUGAUUUCCAUAAGUCUUCUAGAUAAACAUUAUGUUAAUUGCCUUGUCCAGCUAUAUAUUUACCAUAUGAAUACUUUUUUGAUGGUCAAUAUACACAAAAGUCUCAUAUUUGGUAGAUUGGGCAUAUACUUUAUUUUAUGGUCUCCUAAAAAUUCUUAUUCCCUUAAACUACUUUGGAAAAUUAAAUUAAGGAACAAUUACGUAGAGGUAGAAUAUAAAUAAAUAUUUCUGACUUUUAUUCUCCUGGUUUAAUAAAAUUAAUUAAUGUUUGUUUAACUAUUCGAGAAAAUCAAAGACCAAAUAUUUUAUAGAUUUUAAGAAUGAGAGAAGUUAAAGAGGCUAUAAAUAGACCUUACUAUUAAUUUUCUUUAGAAUAAAAAAGACAUUUAAUGUAUUGGAUUAAUAGUUCAGAAACUACUAUCUCAUAUCCUGUUUAAUAUUCAUUUAAUGAAUUUGAUUUACAUUCACCUAAAUAAAUCUCAAAGGAAGUUGUUGUUAAAAAAAAUUUCUCGAAUUCAAAAUUACCUGAAAUAUUUUAAUAAAAAUAACAUACCAAAAAGUAUUCUUCUGAUAGAUAACUUGAAUAAGAAAAUUUAAAAACUGAAAUAAAACGAAAAGAAGAUAUAUUUUAAUAAUAAUAGUUUCUUUCAUAAACUUAAACUAACAAAUAUUAUGUUGGGGUUGUUAAACCUAUUUUUUAUCAUAAAAAAAAAUAAUAAAUUAAAAUUGAUAAUCCACCAAGAUUUUCAAUUCCUUAUGAAAAACAAUUGGAUUCAGUAUUUUAAAAUCUUUUAGACAGUAAAAAAUAACUAUGUAGUGAAUUGAUUGGAGAUUCAGAAUACAUGUUUUUGAGAUCAUAAAUAAAACUAAAUGUAUUUAACUUCUAUAUUUAUUAGAAAACUGAUAAAUUAAUGAAUUAUAUGUAAUACAGAUAUCCAAAAGUUAAUAGUAGUGUAAUCUUAAAAUAAAUUAAUGAUAUAGCAGAUUUAGAAGAAUAGAGAUCAUAUAGCAAAACUAAAUAAUGA